AUGACCGCUGCAUUUGACACUGUGGAUCACGAUUUGCUGAUCUCCCGCUUGCAGCACUGUGUGGGAAUUUCUGAUGUGAGGAACGGUUCAGCUGUCUUCUGGGAGGAGGGGGUCAGCGGCGGGUACCAGGCCCUGCUGUUAGACGAGGAUAAAGGCUGGCUGCUGGUCGGAGGGAAAGACCACAUCUACCUGCUGAAGUCUGACAGCUUGGAUCAGCCCUCGCAGAAGAUCUACUGGCCGGCUGCCAGAGAGCAUGUGGAGCACUGCAGGCUGGCUGGCAAAAGCCUGGAGACUGAAUGUGCCAACUUUGUGCGGCUGCUGCAGCCUUUCAAUAAGACUCACGUUUAUGCUUGUGGUACCGGCGCUUUCCAUCCACAGUGCACUUACCUGCACCUCGGACACAACACAGAGGAGCCGUUGUUCACGCUGUCUCACGCAGUCGAGUCAGGCAGAGGAAAAUGUCCCUUCAGUCCCAAAGAGCCUUUCGCUGCUAGACUGACCGACGGGGAUCUGUACGCGGGUACCUCGGUCGAUUUCAUGGGAGCCAACGCUGCGAUCUUCAGGACAUCCAUCCAGGGCAGCAGCCAGCAUUACAUCCGCACUGAAGCCUACGAUCACAACUGGCUCAACGAGCCAGAUUUUGUGGGCUCCUUCUCCAUCCCUGACACGCGCAGCCCGGACGAUGAUAAAGUCUACUUCUUCUUCAAGGAGAGGGCGGUGGAGGCGGGGCAGUGGGACAAGAGGGUGUACAGCCGCGUGGCCCGAGUCUGCAAGAACGAUCUCGGCGGGAGGAGGAGUCUCAUCAACCGCUGGACCACCUUCCUCAAAGCCCGGCUGGUCUGUUCUGUCCCCGGCCCGUCUGGAGUCGACACGCAGUUUGAUGAACUUGAGGACAUCUUUGUCCUGGAGACCAAGGACCCUCAGAACCCGACCAUCUAUGGAGUCUUCAGCACGUCCAGCUCCAUAUUUCGUGGUUCAGCAGUGUGUGUGUUCUCCAUGGCGUCCAUUCGAACUGCUUUCAACGGGCCAUUUGCCCAUAAAGAAGGUCCCGACUACCGCUGGGUCGAGUACAAGGGUCACAUCCCCUACCCAAGACCUGGCACCUGUCCCAGCGAGACCUACGAUGCUCUCCACAAAUCCACCAAGGACUUCCCAGAUGAGGUGGUGAGCUUCAUGCGGCAGCAUCAGCUGAUGUGGGAGCCCGUCCUGCCUCUGGGCGGUCGGCCCAUCUUAACCCGCGUCAACUCGGCCUACAUGUUAAAGAAGGUUGUCGUGGACAGGGUGGACGCCGAGGACGGACCGUACGACGUCUUACACCUGGGCACAGGUGAGGAGGACGAGGGGAAGGCGAAGAGGGGAGGAAAACAGACUCAGAGUAGUCCCGCUCCCAUCCUCAGCAUGGAGCUUUCCACCAAGCGACAACAGCUGUACGUGUCCAGCGAGCUCGGCGUGGCCCAGCUGGGGCUCCAGAGGUGCGAGUUAUACGGGACCGGCUGUGCCGAGUGCUGCCUGGCCAGAGACCCCUACUGUUCCUGGGAUGGACAGACCUGCUCCAGAUACUUCGCCAUGAGCCGGAGGCGGGCGCGCAGACAGGAUGUGAAGUAUGGAGACCCCUGGAGUCAGUGUCCAGACACAGAGGACGAUUCAGACUCUGUGGAGGUGAAGGUGGUGUACGGUGUUGAGGGAAACUCCACCUUCCUGGAGUGUGUUCCUCGCUCGUCCCAGGCGGAGCUCAGGUGGACGCUGCAGGUCUCAGACAGCCAGCAGCAGACUGUCGGUCACACACAUGAAAGCAGAGAGCUCCCUCAGAGCGACGACGACCGCUCCUUCCACCUGAAGCGAGGCUUGCUCAUUCAGCACCUGCAACAGGCCGACUCGGGCCUCUACACCUGCACCGGCCACGAGCACUCCUACGCCCAGGUCCUGGCUCGAUACCGCAUUCGCAUUAUCCCCAAGCACAGCCUCAACCCAGCUCGCUACAUGCAGAGCCACAACCCCAACCUCCCGGGCCCAGUGAUUCUGGGGAAAACCGGCCCGGCCGGAGGAGGAGGCAUUGCUGGAUUUCUGAGCCAGCCGGGCUCCCCUCACGCACCGCCUUCUCUGCCAGGACAUGGGAACUCGUGGCUGCCUCAGCAGCUCCCUCUGAGGAGCUACAAAGACCUGCACAAGGUGGGAAGCAACAGUCUGACCGUGGAUGAGUACUGCGAGCAACUUUGGUACCGCGAGAAGCGCCGGCAGCAGAAGCUGCGGGCGCUGAAGAUGAAACAGGAGAGCAGGAAGGCUCGCGUGAGGAGGAACAACCCUCCCGAGGUUCCUCUCUAGUCACCUGGAGGAUCAGAGACUGCCGAGGACAACAGAUCCUGUACAUGCAGAGGACACGCUGGGGUCAAGUCAAGAACGUUUGCUUCCUGAGCAAAUAAAGCCGGCCAACAAAGUGACACUAAUGAUAAUUUACCAUUAAAAACUAAUAUUCCAGAAAAAGAGAUUCGUUUGUCUUCGUCCUGAACUCUUUAGUAUUUAGAAAGACUUGGAAAUGGAAAUAUAAGGAUGUAUGUAGAAAGAUAGAAACCUGUAUCUGUCUCUGAAGUCUUGUUUUUGUAGCUCAAGUUCAUGCUUUUAUGAGCUGUCGCUGAUAGUUCACAGUCAGAUAAAUCUUUUGGUAGAAAAGUAGUCCAAGUAAGUGUAAGUUAGAGUUUGCAGCAUUCUGUGACAGAUGUACUGAUAGAUAUGAGCUGCGAUUAAAGGACAAGUUCCAGUUAUUCACCUAUAAACAAAACAAAGCAAGGUCUGAUUUAAAUUUGGAUGAUCUCCCCUUCAGGGUCAUCUUUGUGUGCAGCUCUGGACUGAUGGCGUUGCUGCUGUUCUCAGGUCACCUCCUGGAAGUCUGUUUGAGCCUCUGUGCUGCACGCUGGAGCUUAGUCAUCGUUCACUUUACUCACCAGGGCUUUUUCUCUCUGUGACUUUGCCCAGUUUUCUGAAAAUGACAUUUAGAUGAAACGGUCGCUUCGAUUUGUUGCACAGGACUUUGACUGAUUGAUUGAAAAAUAGCAGCAGUUCUGUAAUCAGUCUGGAGCUGCAUGAGAAGGCGAGCUUGGAGAGGAACUCGGAUUUAUUUCAGACAUGCUUUUUCAUUUGUAUGUGGGUUUUUGCCCUGAUGAUAGCAUUUAGUGGGCUUUCAGUGCAAAAGGUCCCUAAAACUGUUUCUUAAUGCGUUUCCUUUUGCAAGUGAGGAUCUAUAAAAGCCAAAAUUUCUGCCAGCUUUUCGAAGAAAACAUGUUUCACACACCUCAGAUUGACCCUUUUUAUUAUUUUCAUGUCUCUGCUACGUGUUUAAAUAUUCAGACCUUUAACACAGCUCAGUGGCUGGCGUGCAGUUUACAUCCAAACUCAGGUUUGACUGACAGUUGGAGGGGGAAAUGUUUCAGGAUCUCAGACACACUGCAGACAGACGCAGCGUAUUUAUAUGAUCUAACCGCAGACUCCAGUGUUUGCCCAGUUUACUGCUUCACAUGUAACCCUGUUUAUUAAAAACUAUCGAGAGUUUUCAGCAGGUAUCUAUGUUUGUUCUGACACGUAAGCUUCACACGUACCUGACGGAUUAAAGGCCUCGAUGGAAACGCACACAUGAAAUGGACCUCGCUUGAAACAUUAUGUAUAGCUCUUUACGUCCAUGUAUAUUAAAGAACUCUAUUUUUCUAGUUUCCUUUCUGUAUCCUGUAGAAUUUACUGCAUUUUGUAAGUUUAUAUAAACCUGUGUUUUCCUCAUAAGCAAAUUUCAAACUUUUUUACUUCACAGCUCUAAUAAGCUUCGAGACCGUGUAAUGUCAUCGUCUUUACUGUAUGUGAAUAAGCCACAAAUGAUAACUCAGUGAAAAUAAAACAAAGAAAAACA